AUGUUAUCGCGACACGCGCCCUCACCCAAAGCGGUCUCAUCCAUCUCCACGCGCGUUCUUCCAACAGCUUCGUGCGCUCGAGUUGCUUCCUUUUGCCCCUCGCACCAGGCCCGCGGCCUUGCCACAGUCCAAGAUGCGCCACCUCCACCAAAGCGUACAUAUGGAGGACUAAGGGAUCAAGAUCGUAUAUUCCAGAAUCUAUAUGGCCACCAUGGUGCGGAUCUGGCGAGUGCGAAGAAGUAUGGAGACUGGUACAAGACAAAGGAGAUUUUGCUGAAAGGCCAUGACUGGAUUAUUUCAGAGAUCAAGGCUUCCGGUCUACGGGGACGUGGUGGUGCUGGAUUUCCGUCUGGGAUGAAAUGGUCGUUUAUGAACUUCAAAGAUUGGGAUAAAGACAACAAACCAAGGUACUUGGUUGUCAACGCCGACGAGGGAGAGCCUGGGACUUGCAAGGACCGAGAAAUCAUGCGAAAGGACCCCCACAAGUUGAUUGAAGGAUGUUUGGUUGCUGGUAGAGCCAUGAACUGUACCGCGGCGUAUAUCUACAUCCGAGGCGAAUUCUACCACGAAGCAACCGUCUUGCAGCGAGCAAUCCAGGAGGCAUACAAGGAUGGUCUGAUCGGAAAGAAUGCUUGUGGGUCUGGCUACGAUUUCGAUGUCUAUAUUCACCGAGGAAUGGGAGCCUACGUCUGUGGUGAGGAGACAUCUUUGAUAGAGUCAAUUGAGGGAAAGCCAGGAAAGCCACGUCUAAAGCCCCCGUUCCCUGCCGCCGUGGGACUUUUUGGAUGCCCAUCAACUGUAGCAAAUGUGGAGACAAUCGCUGUUGCCCCAACAAUUUGUCGGAGAGGAGGUAGCUGGUUCGCUGGCUUUGGACGAGAAAGGAACGCUGGAACAAAGCUCUUCUGCAUCUCUGGUCACGUAAAUAACCCGGUUACCGUUGAGGAGGAGAUGAGCAUCCCACUUCGCGAGCUCAUCGACAAACACUGUGGCGGUGUCCGUGGUGGCUGGGAUAACUUGAAGGCUAUCAUACCUGGAGGUUCUUCGACUCCAAUUUUGCCAAAAGAAAUCUGUGAUGACCAACUCAUGGAUUUUGAUGCAUUAAAGGAUAGUCAGUCUGGUCUAGGGACAGCUGCUGUCAUUGUCAUGGACAAAAGCACAGAUGUUGUUCGCGCUAUAUCGAGGUUGAGCCAUUUCUACAGACACGAGUCUUGCGGGCAAUGCACACCUUGCAGAGAAGGCAGCAAAUGGACUGAGCAAAUCAUGAAGAGAUUUGAGAAAGGACAGGGACGUGAGAGAGAAAUUGACAUGUUGCAGGAGUUGACAAAACAGGUUGAGGGUCACACCAUUUGUGCGUUGGGCGAAGCGUUCGCGUGGCCGAUUCAGGGAUUGAUUAGACACUUUAGACCUGAACUAGAAGCAAGAAUGAAGGAUUUCAAGGAGAAGGAGGGAGGAACUGCGUUAGCUGGAGGAUGGGAUCAUAAUGCUUUAAGGCAGGGCAAAUUAAUUGCGCCAGGACAGUAG